AUGUCAAAAUCACGGGGCAAUAUCAUUAACCCUAACGAACUGGUGGAAAAAUAUGGAGCCGAUGCUCUACGACUUUACGAAAUAUUUUUAGGUCCACCCGAACAGACUACUAGUUUUGAUAUUAAUGGAGAAAUUAGUAAUUCACCAGAAAUCCAAUUAGUUAGCCCCAGUGUAACACGGGUUAUCCAAGAAGGAGGUGAAAUUAGUGAGGAUUUGAAAAAAGCGAAAUACAUUUUCUUUCCCAUCAAUAAUUCAGAAAAUCAUGAGACGGGAGAUGCUGGAAGCCAUUGGACUUUGUUGGUUUUUGCGGGUGGCGAGUUAGGAGUAUUUUUAAAUUAUAAUUCUCUGGAAUUCUCUGUUACGCCGGAAAACGCUAUGAAGGUGGCAACAAAUUUUCAUGAAAAAGCAAACUUGCUAACUUUGCUUCAUGUCGAAAAUGUAAAAGAAACUCCCCGACAAGCCAAUAAUGCGGACUGUGGAGUUUAUAUAAUUGCUUUUACGCGGGCUUUGGUGAAAAAAAUUAGAGAAAAGGGAGAAGCAAUUGAGGGUUUAGCAGACACAGAAUUGAGGGAAAAAGACCUAAUUUUCUCAAUUACCGAAGAAAGACAAAAAUUAAAAACGGCUGGAUUUCCCAAAAAAGGAACCCCAGGAAAAGAUUAUGAGAUUGGCGAUGAUGUUGAAUACUUGGAAAAAGAGGAAGAACUUAUUUCUCAAUGA